AUGGCUCAUGAAAUAAAUCAUGAAAAUGAUGCUUUUCUAUGGGAAACCCAAUCAUGGGUUAAUUUGUCCAAUGAUACUGCUGACAAUUCCAGUGGCGAGAAGGUGGUUUCGGUGCCAGCCGCGGAGCCAACGGGGGAGAGGAAACGGAGGCGAACCGCAGCGAUGAAAGGGAAGGGAAAGGAAGGGGAAGGGCCAUCGGAGCAUGAGAUUCACAUAUGGACUGAGAGGGAGAGAAGGAAGAAAAUGAGAAGUAUGUUCGCAACUCUUCACUCUUUGCUCCCUCAACUUAAUGCUAAGGCAGACAAAACAACCAUAGUUGAAGAAGCAGUGAACUACGUCAAAACCCUACAAAACACCGUCGAAAGGCUUGAGAUACAGAAGAUAGAACGGAAUCAAGGACUUCCACCCAUGUCGACCUUCCCAAUCGGCCCUCCGCUCCCAGCCACCUCGAGGCUAGCUACGCUCCCUACUAGGGAGGCGUUUAUGGCUAACCAAGUUUCUUUGAUGAACAACAACAACAGCAACAACAACUACAACUACUCGAAUGGUUCAUCCAGGCCUGUGAAAAUAAAAACAUGGACAGCUUCGAAUGUGGUGCUGAGUAUUUGUGGCAACAUUGCGCAAUAUGCUGUUUACGCAACAAAGAAGCCAGUUCUGUUUACUACAAUUUGCAGUGUUCUUGAGAAGUAUGAGAUGGAGAUAUUUGCGGCUAAUAUCUAUACUGAUGAUGCUAAUCGGAGCCAUUUCAUGUUUCAAACUCGUGCUACUGGUGAUGAUCAAGAUCCAGAAUCAAUUAUCGUGGAGAAUAUGUAUAGGCAAGCUGCAAUUGAGAUAGUGUUCUGGACUUCAUAA